AUGACGCCAAGUGAUAACGAUGACCGUUUAGUUGGAAUGAAUUCUCGUAUAGAGAAAAUGGAGGCGUUCUUGGAUUUGAAGGAGCGUGAUGAUGUUCGUACCAUAGGGAUUUGGGGGAUGGGGGGCAUUGGCAAGACAACUCUGGCUCAACUAGUGUUUAAUAAUAUCUGCAACCAGUUUCAAGCUAGCUGCUUUCUUGGCAAUGUCAAAGACAAAUCUAAAAACCCUGAUCUAGUAGUUUCCUUGCAGAAAGUUCUUUUCAAAAAACUGCUCUAUAGCGGGGAUGACAUACAUAACGUCCAUAUGGGAAUCAAUUCAUUGAGCAGACGAUUGCCUUCUAAAAAGGUGCUUAUCGUUUUGGACGAUCUCGAUCAUAAAAAACAAAUAGAAGAUUUAGUUGGAAUGGAUUGGUUGGGUCCAGGGAGCAGAAUCAUUAUAACAACUAGAAAUGAGCACUUGUUGAAGGCAUAUGGAGUGCACCACAUAUAUGAGGUUGAGAAACUGAACGAUGAAGAAGCCUUUCAGCUCUUCUGUAAGAAAGCCUUCAAGAAAGGCCACAAGAUGGCUGAUGACUACACAAACCUGUCCAAGGGUGUUGUCAAAUAUGCCAAUGGCCUCCCUUUAGCUCUUGAAGUUCUGGGUUACGCCUUGUGCGGAAGAGAGCUAGGUGAAUGGGAGAGUGAAUUUGCUAAACUGAAGGAACAUCAUGAUGACAACAUUAUUGACGUGCUUCGAAUAAGUUAUGAUGGAUUAGACGAAACCGAGAAGCAAAUCUUUUUGGACAUUGCAUGUUUCUUCAAAGGAGAGGAUCACGAUCGUGUAUUUAAUAUUUUGGACGCUUGUGACUUUUAUCCAAAAAGAGGUAUCAGGGUCCUCAAGGAAAAAUGUCUAGUUAAAGUUAUUGAAGGAAACAGAUUGUGGAUGCAUGAUUUAGUACAGCAAAUGGGUUGGAGCGUUGUUCUCAGAGAUUCUCUUGACCCAGGCGAACGCAGCAGGUUAUGGGUUAAUGAAAGUGUCUCGGACUAUAAAGAUAGCAGGUCGUGGCAUGACGUGAACAAUGUACUCGAGGAUAAUUUGCAUGUUGCAGAGAUAGCAUAUGAGAAUCAAUUUGUGACAGAGACGCAAAAAGUUGACCAUGGCACAGUCAUACACUUGGAGAAGAUACAGUUUCUUCACGACAAUUUGCUAGCGGCUCAUACAGUUUGGGUCAACCCUGCUGAGACUGAUUGUCUUUCAAGGGAUGGGGUCAAAGAAUCUCACUGCCCUGCUGUUGCAAUGAGAAUGCUUGGAUUUUCACCUAUAAGAGAGAUGCUCGAUGCUAGCAUCUGUGUCUCUUUGGGAACAGAUGAGGCACCCUCAAAUAAUAGAAUGAGCAUAGUUGAUGAGAUGUACCUGGCUUCUCUGAUUAACAAAGGACGGGAAGUUCAUACAAAUGGGACAACUGAUCCUACUGCUCUUCCUGCUGAAACAGUUCUCAAGCUAAAUGGCGACUUUAAACUCUGA